AUGUUCGGGAUCUUCAAGUCACUGGUCGACGCGCAGCCGGACGGAUACAAGGCCAUUGACAGUCUCACCCCGCUGGCCAAAACCCCGGAAGAGCGCACGAUACGCAUCUACGACUCCAUGUCGUCGACAUUGCUCUCCAAGGAUAGCACCGAGCCGCCCCGCCAGCAAGCCAGACGGCUGGGCGAAAUACCACCCCCCACGACCACGACAGAAAUAUGCUCACAGCUGUGGUCCAUUUUCCUCGGCAGUAGCAGCCUUCUUAGUCGCCGGAGUCGACUUGCCCAGACCCUGGACGGGCAGUACCUCGGGCACGUCUGGCAGCGGAUGGUGUACCAGGUACUUGACCAGAAGCACCGGCACUCAAGGAGACGGCGGAAGGCGAGAGCCAAGUGCUGGCGAAUUUGGCCAUCAACGUCCCGGCCGCCCGAGUACCGCUUCUUCAAGACACCAGCACGUUCUCUUCCUGCGAUCCAGUUCCUGGGUGUCUUGGAAGUGAGGAAUGUCUUCAUACCUCGCUGGGCAAGGGGCGAUCUUGAACUACGCGCGUUCGAGUACUCCAAUCGUGUGGGUAUACAUACUCUCUCCCGCCUUCCCAAGACAGCCUCGGCCGUCAGAGGGAUGACGGGCAUUACCCAGCCCCAGAGCCAGAGGCACUUGAUUCUGGCCCGAGGGCCAGCACACCUGUGCUGA